ACGGUUUGCCUGAAUCGAGGCUGUGCUAGGCCUCCCAUGUACCUUUUUGUCACAUAGCACAAAAAAGGUGAACCAACCAGCCACAAUAGACACACAGGGCGUAUAGAAAACAAAUCCGUUUCCCGCCCCAGGCUGCGUCUUCUCUUUCCACAAUCCCCUUACAUACUACAAUAUCCCAAAAACCCCCAGUUGCACACACCCUCUCGAAAGAAAAAAAGCGACAAUAACAACAAAGAAAGAGAUAGAUAGUAGUGGUGGAAAACCAGAAAUCAUGGACCACACCAUCAGCAUAGUACCCUCCUACCCGGAGGCCUUCCCACCACUCGACUCCUGCACACCCAUAACAUCGCAACACAACCACUCCGCACCACCAAUCUGCGCCAUAUCCUCUCCAACAACCACCACCCUAGACCCCCUCUUCCAAAUCCACUACGACACCCCUCUAUACACUGAAAUCAACAUCCCCCUCCCGCGCCUCCCUCCCCCCCGAAACCCCGCGCGCAAUGCCAACAUCACCAGCCCCACCUCGUCUUCACCAAAUGCACCCACAGUCCAAGACUCACCGCGCGGCCGCUCAAAAACCCUCUCAUCACUUUCUCGCUUCCGGACACGGCGUUGCUCGUCCUCCUCAUCGCAACAACCUCCGUCGCCCUCUAGCUCCCGCCCCUCAACAUCAUCGUUGGCGUCAGUGUCAGAGCUGAAGCAGAGGCAAAGCGACGACUCCCCCCGCAUUCGGCCCCGCAAAGAAACUAUCAAAUCGCGCGAAGUCAACGCGCUGAUGGAUCUGCGGCAUCAGAGUAAAAAAGGGAGGAGUAGUGGGACGAUUGAUGCGCUGGCGGUUGUGCCUGCGGUGCUGGUGUUGAGUGCCGAGUUGUUUACGCCGGGGGAGAAGGAGGGGCGGAGGAAGGAUAGCGGGGUGGGGAGGUGGGAGGAUGGGAUUAGGUAACUGAUUGUUGUUCUUGUUCGUGGUUGCUAAGAGGAGAGAGUCUUUUUUUUUCUCUUCUGUUACAUACGAGGGAUAGGAGGACGUGGAAAAUGCAGCGUUUGAGGAUUUUGGGAAACGCUGGGGCUUGGUGAUGGGGCGUUUUUCUUUCUUUUAUGGG